AAAGGCAGGUGAUUAGCCAGCAGUGAUGACUCACCGACUGAGCACAUGAAUCUCCUUUUCCACAGGAUCAGUCAGGUUAAGAGAACGACUGGCGAGAGGCGAUGGAGUACGACAUCAUCGUCCCGCAGCUCGGAGGUUUCGGUCGUUACCAGAAGCGGCUGGCGGUCGCUGCCUGCCUCCCCAACCUGCUGCUGGCUUUCGGCUUCUUCAGCGACGCCUUCCUUGGCCUGACUCCGAGCCACCACUGCCGGCCUGACCCGCAGCUCCUGCCCCUCGCCCUCCGAAACCUGUCGGGCUCCCCGCUGCUCAACUACAGCCUCCCACUGGAAAGCGGCGACGGCGAGCGGGCCCCCGCCGCCUGGAGCCGCUGCCGGCUCUACCGAUACCCGCUGACGGCCGGCGCGAGGCAGCCACUGCCCAACGGCACCGUCCCGUGCACCCGAGGCUGGCGGUUCGAGCCGCGCGGCGGCCUCCGCAGCAAUGUCGUUAGCCAGUGGAACCUGGUUUGUAAGAACUACUGGAAAGUUCCACUUGAGCAAAUGAGCUACAAGAUUGGUUGGACUGUUGGCUAUUUGAUCUUAGGAUCUGUUGCUGAUAGACUGGGCCGUCGAAAUACAUUCAUUCUCUCGCUAGUUGUAACAAUUAUCCAGCAUAUUGGAAUAUCAGUCUCUGUGGAUUUCCUCAUGUUUGUUGUAUUCCAUAUGUUUAGUGGGGUAGCAUUGGCUGGACUCUUCUUGUCUUUGUACAUUGCAAGGUUGGAGAUGUGUGACCCACCACACCGACUGAUGAUCACCAUGAUUGCCGGAUCCUUUACAGUGAGUGGGAAGAUGUUGCUGCUAGGAUUAGCUGAAUUAUGCAAGGACUGGAGAAUUUUGCAGGGUGUUGUCACUGCCCCUUUCAUAUUACUACUCAUUUAUUGGUGCAUUCCGGCUUUAUUCCCAGAGUCUCCACGCUGGCUUCUUGCAACCAGACAGAUUGCGAAGUGUAAGCAAAUACUGCGAAGUAUAGCAGCUAGUAAUGGUGUCAGCAUGGAUGAUGAAUUAUACACCCCAUGCAAUGUGUUUAAUGAGAUGGAUUCCAUGUUUGGCGAGUAUACGCAGCCUCGCCUGUAUACUUUUUGCGAUAUGGUGACCACGCGAGUCAUUUGGAAGAACAUCUUGAUACUGGGGUUUACCACGUUCAUUGGCAGUGGAAUCCAGAAUUGUUUUUCCCAAAACCUCGUUGCUUAUAGCCCCAGGUUCCACUUGAGCUAUUUGGUCAUUACUGGUGCUGAAGGUGUGGCCCUCCUUUUCCUAUAUUUUACCGUGAACAAGUUUGGCCGACGUGGUAUUCUACUGCUGUCAACAAUCAUCACAGGAAUGUCGUCACUAUUGUUGCUUGCUCUUAUACAAUUGCCACUCAAGUAUACGAAAAAUGAACUUUGGGACCUCCAUCAAGGUUUUCACCUGGCUCUUUCCAUUCUGGGUCUCUUCUCAGCCUAUGCUGUUGUUACACUGAGCAUAUUUUUUGCCAGUGAGGUUAUUCCAACUGUAGUUCGAGGUGCAGGCUUAGGCCUUAUUAUGGCAACAGGCAGCAUUGGAAAAGCAACAUCACCAAUGAUGGAUCUCCACAAUAAGCACGGCUUCUUCCUCCUUCAUGUUGUGUUUGCUUCUUUUGCUGUCCUCUCAGUACUGUGCAUCAUGUUGCUUCCAGAAAGCAAACGGAAGCCACUCCCAGAAUCUUUGAAAGAUGGUGAAAAGCAGAGACGUCCUCCAAUGUUUUUAUCACAAAACAAGGAUAGAGCUCCUCUGCUGCAUUCAAAACAGCAUAGACAUUAUAAUCCAGAAAACUAUUCCAAGCUUGUCACAGCAACCAAGAAAAUGUUAGCCCAGAAUGUCCCUUUUCAAUCACAGGACCCUGUAAAUGAAAGUGUGACUGAGGAUACAAGAGAGUCAGCAUCUUAACCAAUCCUUCAUGGUGUACAUAGAAAUGUAGAAAUAUUCUACUAUUGCAUAUCCUGCACUACAGCAAAUAGUCAUUUAGACAUUACAGACUUUGUAUUUUCUAACACUUAACGAACGGUUUGGCUAAACUAUAAACUGCUUAACAUAUCAGCUGAGGAAGUUCAAUCUCCAUUACAAGUUCAUGUUUCUAAAGAUAUGUGCUUCCAUAAUGAUGAUAGAUUGUAAAUUGAGAUUGGGGUUUAAAGCGCAAAAUGUUGAAUGUACUUUCAACAUCUCCAGUCAUCUGUGUACCUUGAAAAUGAUAUGCAUAAUGGGGUUGAUUAUUCCACUCUCUCCUUUUUAUAUCAAGUGAAAAUCAAGUGAAACCUGUCAUGGAUCAACUCAGCUAUUUUUGUGGUAUCCCUUCCAUUCACUACCAUAUAAAUAUCUUGGCCUAGGCUGAAAUUAUGUUUGAAAUCCUUUUUGGUUCAUGGAAGUUGAAUUUCUUGCUCUCCUUUCUAUGCUAGAAUCCAUUGAUCAAAUCCUUGUAUGAGAUAGUGUUACUGAGCGUAAGCAAAACCCUUAAUUUGUUUAAUUGUUUUACUGCAAU